AUGUCUGAACUGCAUGAACUUUGCCAGCUCAAAAGACCGAUAUCAAAAGGUCAUCUCGAAAAACUCAAAGAAUACCUCUCUGCUGGAAUCCCAGCGACGUAUACGCUGGAGGAGGUGGACCAGUUUGAAAGAGGAGUUGAUGAGGAGCUCUCGUCUACCACGACCCCAUUACAUCUGAUCUGUGAAAACGUCUCUCACGAUUUCACGCCAGAAGAGGAGGAAAUUGUGGUCUCGAUGAUUGACGAACUCUUUCUAAAUGGAGCUGGCUGGUGUUUAAUCAGUGCAAAAAACGAGACUCCCGGUUGUGUGCUGGAAAGACGAGGCUUCCAUGGAUCUAAAUAUUGGGAGCAGAUAGUUUCUGCUGGUGUUCGCGCAGAAGUGCUUCUACGACACAUAGAAUCCAACAUUGAAUUUAUUGAAGAAGACGAAGUGGCUGGUCUCAACGAAGAGACGGCCAAGGAGGGAGAACAGAAGGAUAAGGAGCAGGUGCAAGAUCCUGCCGGGGACAGUGACACAUUCUUAAAGACCAAGCUAAAGUACACCGACGAUGCACUGCUAACUGAUAGAAAAGACGGAGUGAUGAUGCAAUGGGAAGAGAAACUGAUGAGAGCUGGGAGUGAGUCCUUGUUCAAGAGCGUUGAGGACCCAAACAAUGUGGUUGUGCUCAAUAUAGGAUUUGGCAUGGGAAUAAUAGACAGCAUGAUCCAGGAGAAAAAACCAGCCAAACACUACAUCUGCGAGGCCCACCCUGAUGUGCUUGCAAAAAUGCAAAGGGACGGCUGGAUGGACAAGGAGAACGUAAUAGUGUUGAAAGGCAAGUGGCAGGACACUCUGCCACCACUCCUCAACAAAGGAUUGUUCUUCGAUGGGAUAUAUUUUGAUACGUUCAGCGAGCAGUACUCUGACAUGCUGGAGCUGUAUGACCUUAUUGUAGGACUGCUGAAGCCCGAAGGCACGUUCUCAUUUUUCAAUGGCCUGGGAGCAGACAGACUGGUGUGCUACGAGGUGUAUAAGCGCGUUGUGGAGCUGGAUUUGGAGAACUACGGGCUCAAAACGGAAUUCACCGAGAUCGAGGUGCCGCAGACCACCAACCCAGACGCCAAGGACAGCGUCUGGGCAGACAUCUACCGGCCGUAUUGGACGUGUCCCGUGUACUAUCAUCCCGAGGCGAGGUUUAUGUAG